GCAGGCGCCGGGCCCCGAGGAGGGGCGGCGGGCACCGGGCCCCCAGGAGGAGCGACGGGCGCCGGGCCCCCAGGCGGAGCGGCGGGCGCCAGGCCGCCAGGAGGGACGGCAGGCACCGGGCCCCCAGGCGGAGGCGGCCCCCAGGGGGUCACGCGGGUCAUCAGGCACGACAACGGGCAUCGGGUCACCAGGCAUCAGGUCAUUUGGCUCGCCAGUGGGCACCGCGUUAUCUGGCAAGGCAGUGGGCACCGAGUCACCAGGCAUGACAGUGGGUUCCGACGGGCAUCGGGUCACCAGGCAUCAGGUCAUUUGGCUCGACAGCCGGCACCGCGUCAUCUGGCAAGGCAGUGGGCUCUGAGUCAAUUGGCACGACAGCGGGCACCGGGUCAUCAGGUACCGGAUCGUCUGGAUUGACAGCAGGCACCAGGUCAUCUGGCAAGGCAGUGGGCACCGAGUCACCAGGCACGACAGUGGGCUCCGAGUCAACUGGCAUGACCGUGGGCACUGGGUCAGACAUUGGAUCGUCUGGCCGACAGCGGGCAUCGGGUCACCAGGCAUGACAGCGGGCACUGGGUCAUCAGGCAUUGGAUCGUCUGGCUCGACAGCGGGCAUCGGGUCACCAGUCAUGACAGCGGGCACUGGGUCAUCAGGUACCGGAUCUUCUGCAUCGACAGCGGGCAU